AGAACUCUACAUUUACUCAGUCACAGAUCUCACAAUUUAUUCAAUCAAUUGUCAAGUAGCCUAUGAAGAGCAAUCGACGUCACUUUUAUAGCCAAGCUGUACUAGUGUAUGUCAGAAAUCGUCUCACGUGUGUCUUUUAAUUCCUAACAGUCAACAGUUUCUUGCUUUUAUGUGCGUUCCUCAGCUGUCUUGGAGUUUCACGCAAACAGAGCGUUCAAGCGCGUGCAUGUGCGUGCGCGUUCGUGCGUGCGGCUGUGUUAAAGAUGCGGCAGGGAAGAUAUACUGAUAUUUCCUGAUAUUUCCUGUCACAUUAGGGCAAAUACUAUUUAUGUUCUCCCACACACUGCUGCAGAAUAUGAUUUGUGUGAUGGUUUUGCUGCGUUUAUGUCUGUGUCAUCUGACCGGUGUGUUUGGUGUUGAUCCAGAUGAAGUGAAGUCAGUGAUGGAGGGACAUUCUGUUACUCUACACACUGAUACUGAACUACACACACAUGAUGUGAUCGAGUGGAUGUUUGGUGUUCAGAGUCCAGAUGAGAUUAUAGCUGAACUGAACAGAGAAGCCAAUAUAACAUCAUUUAUUAAUGAGAGAUUGAAGAAUCAUGUAGAGAUAGAUGCUCAGACUGGAUCUCUCAUCAUCACAAACAUCACAACUCAACACACUGGACUUUAUAAAGCUGAGAUCACCAGAAAAUCUUCUGUUGUCACCAGACACUUCAAAGUUACUGUCUAUGAAAAAAGUUACCCCGAGUUGUGGUUCACCAACCAUAAACAUCAGUUAAUUGUGAUCUCUUGUACUGUUGGACCUCUGAUGAUCGUGGCUGCAGUUCUGACGUUCUGGAUUUGCAGUAAACACAGACAAAGACAGCAAGAUGUUGCAGAAACAGUUCAGACCAGCGAAGAGGAGAUCACAUAUGCAGAUCCAACAUUUUGCCAAAGACAAAAACAUACAACGGUGAGUUCAUUCACGACUCAGUUUGUCACAAUCUGCUUUGUUGCACACAAGGGCUGAGGACGCAUACACAGCUUAAGUUAGUUGAUAAUCCUGAACCAUAAACUAGCAAAAGAGAAAAGGUCAUACACCAGUCCAAAUACAAGGCACAGGGCAGAAAACAGACUAAUAAUAAAAGAGAAUCAUUCCUGAGCUCAAUAAGGGAGUUUGAUGAUUGUGUGUGUUUGUUGUGUGUGUCUGUCAGAGAUGUGCGGUGGAGGAUGAUGUGGUGUAUGCAGGAGUCAUGAGAAGAUGAUCAAUUCCCUAUGAGUGAUGGUCUAAUAACAGUAUUUCUGACUGUUUUGCAAAUGUUUUUAUUUGUUUUGUGAGAUUUAAAUGUUCUUUCUUGAAUGUGGAUUUAGACAAAAGAUUCACACAUACAGUAUUAUGUUACAGUAAACUGUAAGGCCUAGUUUGUGUUAUCAGAUGUAUUGUAUUUAUGUCAUUGUUACAGCUCCAGUGAAUUGUGAUUAACAGUGUCAGAGGCAAUGCCAACACUUCACUUUGUUGAUUAUUAUCAAUAAAGUGUCUUUAUGAGCACACGCAUUACAUGUACAACACUUUUAAGUUUAUUGGUAGGUGUGUGUGUGUGUGUACUGGUAUUCAUCCCUGUGUGGGGACCCAAUGUUAUAUCAGUAGAUUUUGAACUUGUGGGGACAUUUUUAGGUCCCCAUGGGGGAGAACAGCUUAUAAAUCAUACAAAAUGAUAUGUAUUGCAAAUGUAAAAAUGCAGAAAGGUUCGUGUGAUUAUUAGGUUUAGGUGCUGGGGUAGGGGAUAGAAUAUAUCAUAGGCCUGAUAUAAAAUCAAUGGAAGUCUAUGGAAUGUCCCCAUAAAACAUGGAAACAAGUGUGUGUGUUGAAUCAACAGCCAAUUUACAAUAGUAAGUCACCACCAGUUAGGUAGGACACCCCCAUUUACGAAGACAGUCUCACACCACUCAUAGAUGCAGAUCAACCCGAUCAAAUCCUGUAAGAGUGUCAGGGGAGAGCGAGAACAACAGAAGCAACACAUAAGGGGCAGUUGUGGCCUAAUGGUUAGAGAGUCGGACUCGUGACCAGAAGGUUGCCGGUUGGAUUCUCAGGGCCGGCGGGUAACCACUGAGGUGCCCUUGAGCAAGGCACCUUACCCCUACUUGCUCCCCGGGCGCUGCAGUGAUAGCUGCCCACUGCUCCGGGUGUACGUGUGGUCACUACUCUCUGGAUGAAUUACAUGCAGAGGACAAAUAGGUCACUUUCACAUGUACGCAUGGAAACACAAACACAAUAGUGUUUGAGAGUUAAAGAUAUUCUGCUCCCUAUUGAGGGCGUUUCCUCUCUUGCAAGUAAAUGCCCAUUUUUGCCUGAUUUCAAUGCAAAUGAUGUCUUCAUGUGGAUAAAGUUUAGUGGGUAUUUAAAGAAAGCUGUAUUUCUCCAUCGUCAGGUAUGCCUCUUAGACUUUUGAGUGAUUUUUGUUUUUUAUUUUAGUGUACAUGUAUUUUAGGAUCAGCUCAAAAUAAAUAUAAAUACACCAGAUUUCCUUCUCAACUUUCAUGUGUCCUUGUGUUCUCUCAGUCUUUCGCAUUGCUGUGACUUCAUGUCAGUCCCGAGGUUUGAUUCUGUUGCACUUCAACAGCCACUGGAUCAAAAUCAACAAACACAACACAAAGAAUGACUGAGAAAACGGGUGGAAUGAAACAGGUGGAAUUGGUUAAACAAUGAGUCCAAGCAAUGACUUAUGGGAAAUGUAGUGUGAAUGAUAGUCUGGGUGUUGAUAAGAGUGCCCUCUGGUGGAGCAUGAAGGGCACUGCAGCUGGUAACUGUGACAAGAUGAUGUGAAUGAAUGAGCUUUCAUUUGUUUUGAGUUUAAAUAUCAACGUUGUAAUAAUUAUCACUUAAUGUGAA